GUGAGUGAGAGGUCACGUGUCGAGGGGUUGUGUUUACCAUUUGGCGCGGUAUUGCUUUCGCUCACUCUUUACCACACAAUCACCGCAACUGAUCCGCAACUCGUCCACCGGUGAUGUCUACUAUCACACAAUUCAAGCCAUUUGUCUGCGCUCUCAAAGCCAACCAAAAGACGUUUCGUUGCGACCAAUGUUUCAUAAGUGUCGAAAAGAGCAUUGAAUGCCACAAAUGCCAGAAGUAUUGGUAUUGCAGUCAAUCAUGUCUUCGCGACCAUUGGAUUGUCCAUCAGUUUGAAUGCGACUCAAAACACGGUUUACUGGAUGUGAUCACCAAUAAGUGUAACGCACCGGCAGUUCGUGAAGAGUCCGAUUGGAUUAAAUUCAGAGAUUUGGAUGAAUUGGUGACACAAACACUGCUUUUGUUACGCAUUUUGUUUCGUCUCAAAUCAGAUCCCAAGUGUGCGACCAAUGAGUUGUCAGCAGCCGAUGGAUCGCUCGUCAGUUAUGAUCUGAUUGUGGACCAGAAGUGUCAACAAAUGCAUAAAGUGUGGGACGAGGAGGAGUUGGAGGCCAACGAUCCGGACGUUAAGGUGGAACUGAUUGAUGAGAUGACGUACAACUUUGGCGCCUGGCUUUCGGUGGUGAGAGAAGUGUUGGAUUUGAGUUGUAUUAAAGACAGGAUCGGAUCCGUUGAAGAACACGUCUUAAUGAAAGCCUUCCGAAUUGUGGUUCGCAAUACUCUCUAUGUCUGUGACACCACUUUCCUCAAUGAGAUCGGAAAAGCCAUUUAUGUCGAGAUGUGUUUCAUUAGGCACUCAUGUGUCCCGAACUGCUGUCCACUCUUUGACGGCAAUAAUGUGUUAAAUUUGCGUCAAUUGGACAGCAAUUUGACAAAAUGUGAUCUUCGGUACGACUUUCAGAUAGAAAUGACUGGAUUUCCGGCGCAAGAGUUGUUUGAAAGUCUGUUAAUUCGUGACAUAAAAUGCGAUUGCAUUAAGUGUUUAACGAAUUCAAAGCAAUCUUUGGUUAAUUUGCAUAAAAACGUGACGAACGCUAACCUAAAGUACGGCAAUUGGCCGACACUUGACUACUGCCACGCGAUGUCCGAACCCAUCGACGAAGCGCUCGAGAACUUUGUCAAAAUGUAUGGCAAAUAUCAUCCAUGGAUUACAGCCUUAUUGUUGUGGAAAUUCAAAAUUGAAUGGAAGUUAUAUAACUGUGAAGACGAUCACGAGAUCACUGGUCAACGACUGUUUGCUUCAUAUCAAACACUCAAAGAUGCCGUAAAUAUAUGA